AGUAAAGCAAUGGACAGUAAAUGCAGCCGCUGCAACUAACCAUAUACGAGGUGGCAGCUGCCUCCGAAACUAUUACUGAAUGUAGUGACUUUUGAAGGCAGACUGUGCUGAGCUGAAGAGCUGAAUGUCCUCAAAGUGUGGGUGAAAAUGACACCGAGAUGACUCACCAGUGGCUUGGACAUCUGUGAUUUGACAGAAGAUGAGGCUUGCUCAGUUUGUCAGGCUUUUCAUUGCUUGUAAUGAUUGUUACUGUAGCCAUACACACCACACUAACAUGGACAAUCUAUAGUGAACCAUGUUUGUUGCUUUUUGCACAUCACACUCACUAACAAACACUAAGUGCAUAAAUUCUUAUUUGGUUUGAGUUAAACGCUGACAAUGUCACUGGGUGAGCAGUCUCAAAAGUGGUUUCCAACCCAUGUCCAAGCCACUGUUCUUCAAGCAACCGGUUUACAGCCCAAGGGCAAGAAUGGCACCAACGAUGCCUACACUAUCAUCCAGCUGGGCAAAGAAAAGUACUCAACAUCGGUGGCAGAGAAAACACUCAACCCCGUCUGGAGAGAAGAAGCCUCCUUCGAAUUACCUGGGCUGCUGUUGGAGGGAAACCCUGAAGUGUAUGAGCUCUGCCUUAUCGUGAUGCAUCGGUCCCUGGUCGGGAUGGACAAGUUUCUGGGUCAGAGAUGCAUCAACCUCAACGAAAUUUUCGAUAAUAAGGAGCGAAAGAAAACAGACUGGUAUUCACUGGAUUCGAAGCCGGGGAAGAAAAGGAAAGAACGAGGCCGCAUCCAAGUCAGCAUCCAGUUCAUGAGGAACAACAUGACCGCCAGCAUGUUUGACCUCUCCAUGAAGGAAAAGCCCCGCUCGCCCUUCUCCAAACUGAAGGACAAGAUGAAAGGUCGCAAGCACGACGGCGGUUACAGCGACACGUCCUCCGCCAUCCUGCCGCGGUCCGCCGUGUGCGAUUCAGAACCCGGCCGCCAAUCAUUCGCCCCAGAACCACAACGGCAGCCCGAAGCCAAGGUGAAAAGACCUCUGCUGGCCGGGGCGCACAAGCUGUCGGCCGCUCAUUCCAUGUCGGAUCUCAUCGGGACACAUUUCAGACCCAAACUGGAUUCAAUGAACUCAAUAGAAGAGACUGGAGGGAGUGGGGGCGGCCCUCAUCGGCGUUCCCAGAGCGAGGUGCCAGGCUACCAGGACGACGAGGCUCACGGUGACCCCUUCCCUGAUAUCACUGACACCCUGCCACAGAAGUAUGCCACGCUCCCACGCAACCGCAACCCGUUCGAGGGGGAGCCCGGGCAGCAGCUGUGGGACCGGGCCGAACGGAAGGAGAAAAAGGAGAAGGUCAGCCUGCUGGAACGCGUGACGGGGAAGAAGGAAGGACGCAAGACCAGCAACGGGGGGCGUUCGGGUAGCUCCGGAGACCUGCGAUCCCCCAACCCCUUCAGCAACGACUCACAAGGAGACACUAACCCCUUCAGCUCCAACUACAAAGCAAGCGAUAAAAAGCUAACAGGAAAUGAAGAUAUCACUUUCGGACAAAGAAAGACGGACAACUAUGGCAAGAAAAAAGAGGUGACGCAGGAAAGCGUGGCGGCGUACAGGAACUUAUCCUUCGAGGAAGUGGUGCAGGAGCUCAUCAAGCAGAAGGAGGUGGUGAAGAAGAAGGACGCCCACAUCAGGGAGCUGGAGGACUACAUCGACAACCUGCUGGUGCGCGUCAUGGAGGAGACGCCGAGCAUUUUACGGACGCCCUACGAGCCAAAAAAGAAGGCGGGUAAACUUGGUAAAAAGUAGACGACGAAGGUUUAGGUUUAGGUAGCUGUCGUGUCGGUAACCCACGGUUGAAAUAAGCAGGAACAAAUGGGAUCAAUGGAAGCCAAAUUUAUGAUUUAAUUAUUUGUAGUUUCAUAGUCAUUUUUUAAAAAUACUUUAGUUAUUUCACCGAACAUAACUUCCAGCCUCUUUAUUUGGCAAGAUUGACAUUCCUUAUGACUUUUUUUGGGUACUGAAACUAAAUAAGACGAUAAGAAUGCACUUGUGAACCGGCGGAGGUCCAACUGCUGCCUCUGUCCACGCGAAGGUAAAGGUGGGAAAUGUAGCCAAACGUUUACCACACGCUGUAGUCAUGUUUUUUGCGCGCCGAAGUAGUCGAUGAGAUGAAGCUGUAAUUAUUGCGUUUACACUGGAGCACAAGUCUUAAGCUGUAAAACACGUUUAGCAGAGGCAGAUGUGGGUGAACCGUGCUCCCCCAUCUACAUGAUUCAUAGGUACACUUAAUAACUAGACGUCACUGGACAGUAUCUGGAAGUCUGGUGAAUCUCAAACUUAUUGAGUCAUGUAUCUUUCAGAAAAAAAAA